AUGCUCUAGACAGAAACAAAAUCAUCACUAUAUGCAUCGAAAUUGAUCUAACAAACAAACUAUUCUGCUUUGUCAUCUUUACCCAAAACUUACAUCAGAUAAGUUUAAGCAGAAGGUGAAAUAUUUAUGGCAGCUCCUUAAAAAUGUGCCAAUAUUUGGAAAGAGUUUAGGAGGAAUGACUUUACAUAAGUUUAAAUACCUUAUAAAACAGCUCUUUAAGUGUUUGAUGCUUGUAAAGAUGAUAUCUAUUCUAUGCUAAAAGUAAAUAGUGGAAAAGAUUUUUUUGAUUUAUUCGAUUAAGAUAAUGAUGGAUAUCUAAAUGAAGAUGAGUAAAUUCUAGUCUUUAGUAUAAUCAAAGAAAAAAUGCAAUAAGUUGCAAAUUUAUUAUUAUAAAUCUAAUAAUAUGUCCCAUUCAAACAAUUGAUGAAGUCAAUUAGGACUUUGGAAACAAACAUCUGCGAGUAUUAAGAUGUGCUAAGGAAAAAAAUAUAUAAGUCUGAAAUUGCUACAUACAAAGAAAUAGGUUUAGAAAAAUUGGAUGAUUUUUAUGAGAAGUAUUACAAUUACUUCUAAAACUUUGAAUAACAAAAAUAAAUUAGAAUAUAAACCUAAAUCAUCUAGUAAUAAGAAGAAAUGAAUUAAUUGGAAGAAAAAUUGUCAAAAAAUACAGAAUUCCUCAAAGUAAAGCCCAAGAGAAAAUUAAAGGACUUAUAAACGCAAGAAAAAUUAGUAUCUUUAGAUGAAAGAGUUGAAGAAGCCCUUGAUUUUCGAAGAGAAUUAAAAAAUAUGGAAAAAUAAGAAUAACAAAGAGUUGCUUCAGAAUAAAAUAAACGUAUUGAACGCUAAAAGGAUGAAUUAGAAAGAAAACAUUAAAAAUAAACUGAAUAACUUAAAGCUAAGUUAAUUGAAUAAGAACAUAAAUUAAUAAUAUAACUAAAAAAGGAAUACAAUGUUCUUUUGAAAUAAAUAGGAUUACAUAGUAACGAAAUAGAAAGAAUAUAAUCUUCGGCUAUGUAGAGUGCAAUUCGAAAAGGAGAGAAGGAAGGAGAAUUAAAGAGAAUGAAAGAAAGGACAAGAAUUUAAAAUUUUAUUAUUGGAGAUGCAAAAAGUACUUUGAUAAGUCCUAGAAUCCAAUAAUAAAAUGCAACGACUUAUGAAGAUUCCUCUAGUUCAUCAUAUAGAUAACCUCUGACAUCAUCUAAAAGCGAAAGAGCGAUGCAUGACAUUAAGACUCUUAUACAUAAACAGAAUUACACUUAGUUUUAUAUUAAAAAGAAAUAUGGAGCUGACCUUCCUGUGAAUUAUUAGCCAGAGCCUUAUAAAGUAUAAGGGGAUAAUCAUGAAAGAAUUGAAAAAAUUCUUUCUGUGAAAAAGAAAAACCCUCAUGAUAUUUUACCAUCUCUUACUGAAUUGUAUGACUUGGAUAUGAAAGAAUAAAAUUUAGGGCACACAUAAAAGUCAGAAUCGGAAUUAAUAUAGGAAAGGCUUAAAAAAAAAUAGUACAUAUUAGAAAAGUUAGAAGAAUCAACUCAUUGAUUUAUUUUAUAUUAAAUCCUAAUUUUCUAUGUGGAA